AUGGUGUCCUUCAUGGUAGUGGGCCAGAACCCAUUUUCCCCCAAUUUCUGUCAUGAUAUCAGAGCAAGUUAUCUUGGACUGUGUGAUGACGUACCCAUUGUUUAUCCCCCACGUACUCGUUUAUGGGAACCUGUUUGUAGUAGGGCUUGGGGCACCCAGCCCAGUUGGGUUUGGGCUUUCGAAAGACUCACAACCUCCUCCUGGCGGCCGCCGCCCGCCGCCCUUCUCACCUCCAAACUCCUCCGCGGCCGCCGCCUCAACCUCCCUCCCGACCCCACGCCUCUCCCGAUCUUCAGCAGCUGGCUCAAGAUCGGCAACAAACUCGACCACCUUACCCUGGCCCGACUCGCCAAGACCUACGGCGACCUCCUCCUCGUCCGCAUGGGCCAGCUCAACAUAGUGGCCGUCUCCUCCCGCCACCUCGCCGCCCGAGUCCUCCUGAGCCAGGGCUCCCAGUUGGGCUCCCCAUCGCGCAACAUCGUGUUUGAUGUAUUCACGGGCCGUGGGCAGGACAUGAUUUUCACGGAGUACGGGGACCAAUGGCGCCGGAUGCGGAGGAUCGUGGUCGUGUCCUUCUUCAUGGGAGAACCGCCGGAGGUGGGAGGAGGAGGCGGCGGCCGUGGUGGAGGACGUGAGGCAGGACCCGGCGGCCGCCGGAGAAGGGGUGGUGCUCAGGCGGCGGCUGCAGCUCAUGGUGUACAACAACAUCUACAAGAUGAUGUUCGGGAGGAGGAUGUGCCGGGAGGUGACGAGCCGGAGGUUGGGAUUGUACAAGGAGAGUUUUCUCGACCAAAGAAAGAAAGACGCAAAGACGCAAAGCUCGAUGGGUACGACAUCCCAGCUGGCAGCAGGGUACUGGUCAACGCCUGGAAGCUUGCCAAUGACCCGGAUCUCUGGAAUGGGCCUGACGAGUUCAGGCCCGAAAGGUUUCUGGAGGAGGAGUCCGGGGUAGAGGCCCAUGGGAAUGACUUGAAGUACAUCCCGUUUGGAGUGGGCUGGAGGAGCUGCCCGGGGAUCGUUAUAGCAAUGCCGGUGCUCGGGAUUACAUUGGGGCGGCUCGUGCAGAAUUUCGAGAUGUUUCCUCCACCGGGAGAGUCGAGGAUCGACACGGCUGAGAAUAACGGGAAGUUUGCUAUGCGUAUACUGAAACCGAGGGCUGUGUGAAUUUCGUAAUCAUGUGCUCUUUUGCUGAUAAUCGUGAGAGCUAAUUAUAUAUAUUAGAAUGAUCGGCGAGAGCUUGUUUUAUUUUCCAAAGAUACGCGAGUUUAAUUAAGGUAUUCUCGAUUUGAGAGUUUAUAUUAAUUUCC